CUUGCGUAGGUGCAGCUGUCGAAAGGGCAGCGGACGGGAUUUCCUAUUGCUCCAGCUGCUCACGCGUAAUUGAGAACGAUGAGUUUGUUGCACAGAUAGAAUUUCAAGAAUCCUCGGGUGGCGCUUUCAGCGUUUGUGGAACUUUUGUCACUAAUGAUGGUUUUAAUACUAGCGGAUCUAAUAGGCUAUCCUCCCGGCAGAUAACUAUUUUUAACGCCAAAAAAAGAAUUCAAGAUCUGGCCAUUAAGUUACAGCUAAAUAAUUCCUUUAUUGAUCGCGCUCUUCAACUUUACAAACUUGCUUUAAACUACAAUGUUACCAAAGGGAAGAAACUGGAUCAUGUUUUAGCAGCUUGCUUGUAUAUAGUUUGUCGAAGAGAUAAUACGCCACAUAUUUUGUUGGAUUUUUCUGAAGUAACUGAUUGUAAUGUUUUUGUUCUGGGAAGCACUUUUGUUUCCUUGUGUCGAAGUCUUAAUAUCCAAUUUGAGACCAUCAUAGAUCCAUGCAUAUUCAUAUGGAGGUACGCUAAGAAACUUGAGUUUGGUAGUCAUAUAAAAGUAGUGGUCGAUUCAGCACUGGAUCUUGUUAAAAGAAUGAAGCGAGACUGGAUUCACGUUGGAAGAAGGCCAGAUAGCAUCUGCGGGGCUGCCUUGCUUAUAGCCGCUCGUAUGCACAACUUUAGCCGAAGCGUCAGCGAGAUUGUUGAAGUAGUUCGCUGCUGCGACAUGACUCUUCGCAAAAGGCUAAGCGAGUUUGAAGUAACGCCCUCCGCUUCUUUGGCUGUUUCAGAAUUCGAAAGCAUUUUUUUGGAGGAAGAGUGCGAUCCCCCCGCUUUUUCUCGGCUUCGGGAAAAGUCCCACCUUCAGAAGUUGCCCGUUUUAACCGACUUCAGUACUAACGAUGAGCACGUACUGAGCCAUCUGGCAGGAAAAAUAAACUGGCACUUAACUGUCUCUGCUUCUUUAAAAGAGCGAGUAUCUGAUAAUCCAGAUAUAUUAGACGAUGCCGAAGAUGAGGAAGUGAAUAGUUGUAUACUAACUGAGAGCGAGACUGAAGCUAAAACCAUGAUCUGGAACACGCUUAACAGAGACUUCCUUCGGGAACAAGAAGAAAAAGAAAAGCGACAAGGUAGGAUGCACGAUUCUGAAAUGUCGUCUAGGAAAAGUAAAAAAAGGAAUCAGAAGAAAUUAAAAACUCUAAACGGGUGCACCCACACGGGAGCUCACGAUAAAUUUUUGUCUAAGAAACUUAAUUACUCGGCACUAAAAACUCUCGGCAUUGUCACUGAAGACGACGACACGUCUCCUGCCGUACCUGACGACUUUGGGGAACGGCUUAGCGAAUCGCCUGGCCUCUUGCAAAGGAAUACGAUUUCUACCUGCGUUUCUGAAGGGGAGGCUUCAGCUGCUUCUAGCACGGAGCCCAUCAAACUUCUGGCUCUUCAUGAUGUUUUAGCUGAAGAAUGCUACACCGCCUCUCCUUCGCAAGACUGCUCUACUGAAGAGAGAGCUAUUCCCGAAAGGAUGGAUUUCGCUAGUCAGGAUGAGUAUGUAGACUUAUUUGAAGAGGAUGAGGAAGAGUACGGGGGAGAGGACUGCUCUACUAUAGAUGGACAUUGGUACCAGAACCAGGGAAGCUUUUGCGACGGCACUUACAGUUACAAUUGUUAGAUGCUCAGUUUAGUUUAUUUGGUCUUCGUUGCGCAUUCCUUUGUGUAUUUGGAAUUUACGUUGUCUUGCAUCCCCAGCUAGCAGUAUAUCUCACUGUAAAUGAUUGAUUACUUAGGUAUCGUAGUUUCACAACUUGUUUUUUUUAAUGGGGGCCAACUUUAUA